GUAGAAAGUCUACCUUUACUUCAACACGGACAACAUAAUACUCCUGAGGGCUCACGUUGUCCACGACCUUGAACUAUUUGUGUCAGAUGAAUACGUUAAAACAUUGUCCCCUGCCCUAAUUCCCUGACCGUUCUCUGUGAGGGGUUUUAUAAGGCGCGUUCCUCAGGGCUUCGUCCCUCUAUCGAUGUCUGAUGAACAUACCAAGAUGUCAAAGCUUCUACCACUCUUCCUCAGUUUGAUCGCAUGUCAUGCCCAUGGCCUGCGGAUAUCGUCCAGUGUCACCGUCGAGUUGGGCUCCCAAACCACCGUGACGUGUACAGGUGACGUCACAGAAUCGGGUUUGCAGCUCAUAUCGCCGAGCGGUCAGAUCUACCGUCCCACUCAACCAUCCAGCAACCAAAUUCAAACUGUGAUCGUAUCCGUGGACGAUAGAGACAUCGGAGAAUGGACCUGCCGAGCGGCUAACUCCCAGAAUGCCAUCGUGUCGGCUGUCAGCAGAAUUGUCCUACAGCAUCGGAUCAUGGCCCGGGUGACUCAUAAGGGACCUGUGAGUAUCGGGGGACAGGCCGUGUUCCGCUGUGAAAUCCGGGGAAACCCCAUGCCAACGCCUUCGUGGAGAAAAGGAUUUACAUCACUUAGUGAUCAGGAAGGGAUGAUAAAGAUACAAAACGACGUACGUCCGUACGCCACGUUUUCUGUGCUGACGCUUAGUAACGUCCAGGCCUCAGACGCCGGCAGCUACGUCUGUUCAGCGUCGACGGGCAGAACACGGGCCAGCGGCUCUGCAUAUCUUUUCGUCAGGGCUCCCAGUGGUAUUGUUUUGAACAAAAGAACAACCCAGAUGCCAACUGUAAGGCCAACUGAACCACAGCAAUCAGGACCGAGGGAUCGUCUGUCAGCCAGUUUGGCAUUUACCGGACCUGCUAGUGUUGGACAAAGACUGCAGUUGGAUUGUCGAGUGUCUGCCCCAUCAGGGGCAACAGUUACAUGGUACAAGGACUACCGACGGAUAUCAUCGCCUGGAGUGCAAUUAAGUUCCGAAACCCGAAUUGAUGGACAACACCAGCUGUUGACCAUUGCUAGUGUGCAGCUCUCUGACGCUGGGCGCUACAGAUGUGAGGUGAGCAAAGACGGCAGCGCGGCGAGGAGUUCCGUACAAGUCAAUGUCAAUGGUGCUGGUGGCGCAGUCGCAAUGAGGCCCAGUUUUGGUGAGCGUCUGUCCGUCCGACUGAGCACAACGGGCUUCCCGCGCGCAGGUAGCUCCUUCCGGUUGGACUGUCGAGUCACAGCGCCCCCUGGAUCCACUGUGACCUGGUGGAAGGACAACUUUCUUCUGAAUGAGUAUGAACUGCGACAAACGGAGAUUGACUGAUGCCAAUAAGAGAUGAAUGAUUAGCAAGAAACCUGUUUGGUCAGAAGCGGUCGGGCUCAUACAGGAUCAUAAAAAUCAUGUGCGUUAAUCUCUUUCCUGUUUCAGUCUAGCGGUCACACGUUUUUCAUAGCGUCACAAAGUGACGGGCAGCAUUACAUCUUCUCCAUCGAGUCCCUGGAGACAUCGGACUCCGGGAGGUACAGGUGCGAGGUCCGCGAUCAGAGAGGCAGCGUAGCUCGCAGUGAAA